UUUCAUGUCUCAACAUAAAAGAGGAGAAUUAUAAAGAAACUAAAACAUUAUCAGGGAUUAUUUGUCCUUUUAUCAACCAAAAGAUGACAAGUCCAAAAUAUAUUAAAUGGAUGGAGAAAGUUUUGUAUGGGAAAGGAGCAUGAAUAGGAAGCAAAAAGUGAAAGAGAAACAGAAGGAAAAUGAAAAGACAAAAGGUGAUGAGCUGCCAGUAGAUUCAGUAAACCAUUCUACAGCCAGUAUUCUAGAAGAAACUGCUGUGAAAAUUGAAAAAGAAGAUGAAAAGGAACUUGUGAAACUGCCAGUCAUAGUAAAGCUUGAAAUCUUGCUGGAAAAUGAGGGAAAAAAGAUUAUUAAAGAAGAAAAUGAUUCUUUCAAGGAAAAUGUCAAACCUGUUAAAGUUGAAGUGAAGGAAUGCAAGGCAGAUCCCAAAGAUAUCAAAGGCAGCAUGGAGAAGCUUGGGGCACAGGAACCUGAGCGGCUAGAAUUUGGUGGCAACAUCAGAUCUUCUCAAGACAUUACAGAGAAAUCUACUGAAGAAACUGAGAAACUUAAAAAUGACCAGCAGGCCAAGAUACCACUAAAAAAGAGAGAAAUUAAACUAAGUGAUGACUUUGACAGUCCAGUCAAAGGACCUUUGUGUAAAUCAGUUACUCCAACAAAAGAGUUUUUAAAAGAUGAAAUAAAACUAGAGGAAGAAACUUGUAAAAGGAUCUCUACCAUCACUUCCUUGAGUAAUGAAGGGAAACAACUGGUAAAUGGAGAAGUCAGUGAUGAAAAGAUAACUCCAAAUUUUAAAACAGAACAAACAGAGACAAAGUUUUAUGAUACAAAGGAAGAUACCUCUAAUAGCCCCUCUAAGGACAGAAAUGUCAUCAUGGAGGGAAAUGGAGCAGAGUGCUUCAACUCUGUCAUAACAAGCAUAAAAAUAAGUGAGCUUGAGAAAGAAGUGGUCCUUUUAGGGAAAGGUGCAGAGUGUUCCUUGUCAGUCUCAGAGACCCACAAUCAGAAAGGGCAGUCACAGGAACCUGAUCCUCCAAAAAUGGAAACUUCCCUUGAGUCUUCUGGGAUAGCAAAGGAUCUCUCUUUAAAAACUGUUUUGUCUGCCACUGAAUCCUGUACCAUGAUUAUUGAAGAAAAGUCCCCUAAAAGUAAGAACGAUAACUGCCCACCAAUCAUAGAAUGUCUUGAAAAGAUAGAGAAGUCUAAAAAGACUUUUCUUGAUAAGGACAUGCAAAGGUUGAGUCCAAUACCAGAGGAAGUUCCAAAGAGUACCCUAGAAUCAGAGAAGUCCAGCUCCCCUGAAGCAGCUGAAACUUCCCCACCAUCUAAAAUGACUGGCCACAGUGAGAAACUAAUGUCAGAAAAAGAAGGGGUAGAAACAACAAGGUCUGUUGAAGCUCAGUCCCUGGACAAAGCAGACUCAGAAGUUCUAAAAGAGGAUUCUGAGUCCAUGAUGGUGGAAAUGGAUAAUCUGGACAAUGCCCAGACUUCUGGCGUAGAAGACUCUUCUGAGACAAAAGGUUCUAUGCAAAAAAGCAAAUUUAAAUAUAAGUUGGUUCCUGAAGAAGAAAGUACUGGCUCAGAAAAUACAGAGAUAACCUCUGAAAGGCAGAAAGAAGGCAUCAAAUUAACAAUUAGGAUAUCUAGUCGGAAGAAGAAGCCCGAUUGUCCCCCCCAAAUUCUAGAACCAGAAAGCAAGCAAGAGAAGACAGAAAAAGAAGAAGAGAAAACAAAUAUUGGUCGUACUUUAAGAAGAUCUCCAAGAAUAUCUAGACCCACAGCAAAAGUGGCUGAGAUCAGAGAUCAAAAAGCUGAUAAAAAAAGAGAAGGAGAAGAUGAAGUGGAAGAAGAGUCAGCAGCUUUGCAAAAAACAGACAAAAAAGAAAAUUUAAAAAAAAUGAAGGAUACAAAUUCUAAAGUAAGCAAGGUAAAACCCAAAGGCAAAGUUCGAUGGACUGGUUCUCGAACACGUGGGCGGUGGAAAUAUUCCAGCAAUGAUGAAAGUGAAGGGUCUGACAGUGAAAAGUCAUCUGCAGCUUCAGAAGAGGAAGAAGGAAAGGAAAGCGAAGAAGCUGUCCUAGCAGAUGAUGAUGAACCAUGCAAAAAAUGUGGCCUUCCAAACCAUCCAGAGCUAAUUCUUCUUUGUGACUCUUGUGACAGUGGAUACCACACCGCCUGCCUCCGCCCUCCUCUGAUGAUCAUCCCUGAUGGAGAAUGGUUCUGCCCCCCUUGCCAACAUAAACUGCUAUGUGAAAAGUUAGAGGAACAGUUGCAAGAUUUGGAUGUUGCCUUAAAGAAGAAGGAGCGUGCUGAACGAAGGUAUUUUAAUGUGUGUGUCAAUGUUUUCCUUGGGAAUUUGACAGCAGUACAUUGUGCAGUGUAUAUGAAUGGACCUGUCUAAUGCAGGGACUAGUGAACCAUAGCCUCCUGCUCGUUUUGUG